GGGAGUGGUGACUAUAUAUUUCACUUGAGAUCUAGUCUGAGAAAGAUUAAUGUCUGAGCUUGCCAUUUCAAUUCUUUCUCCCAGGAUACCGCCAAUGAACAUGGUGCUGUGGGUGAUGAGAAUGUGGAACGGGGUAACUGGUCUUCGAAGACUGAUUACCUGCUCUCAAUGAUUGGUAAUGCAGUGGGUUUUGGGAAUGUUUGGAGAUUUCCUUACCUGGCUUACAAAAACAGAGGAGGUGCAUUCCUUAUUCCUUACUCUGUCAUGCUGGCUCUUGUUGGGAUACCAUUGUUUUUCUUGGAGUGUUCCUUUGGUCAGUUUGCCAGCCUCGGGCCUGUUGCAGUGUGGAGGGCUGUGCCUAUGUUACAAGGUGUGGGGAUUGCUAUGAUGCUUCUGAUUACAAUGUCCAACAUUUCGUACAACUGCAUCAUUGGCGACAGUCUGUACUACCUGUUUGCUUCCUUCCAAUCACUCCUGUCAUGGGCAGACUGCUUCAGUUGGUGGGGAGCAGGUGAAACAUACAGCAGGACCCCCAAAGGUACAGUGUUAGCUUCUACUGGGGAAAGUGUACACACCGACUGUUCAUUGUUCAUUCUGUCAGUCUGAGUGAGGGAGAGAGAUGGACAAUAGUUUCAGUGACCAUCCUCAUUGUGACCAUACAGCAGAAAGACUCGGAUAGAAAGCAGCAGCAGGA